AUGACAUCUCUUCGUUUCAGUAUUUUUAGAGCUUUAUUAAGACACCAAAAAUUAUAUAACAAUAUUUUAUUGCCUGUGUUUGGUACUCUUCAUCCUUAUGGUGUAAGACACGUAUUCCGGUAUCAUACAGCUCUUUUUCCCUAUGUAUUGAGUUCAUCUGACGGGAAACUUUUAAAAUUGGAAGAAAGCAUACAAAAGGCUGCACUUAAUAAUGAAGGACCCUCACUUGCUAUUACUGCUUUAAAUUGGUUGUCAUGGAUGGAGAAUCGUUUGGCUCAUCUUCCGACUAAAUCCAUACACCAUGCGAAUUACCGAUUUAUUCCUGGUGAAAUAGCUCAAAUUUGUGGAUCAGGAGAAAGAGUGGUGAUCGCUCUUCGUUUUCCUGUUUACAUGACGAGCGAUACUAAUAUGAAUACGGGGGUUUCUGGCACGUUUGAUUUACCUUGGUACCUUGUUAUCCCUUCAUUUUCACAGGAUCUUCCACAAACAAAGGAACAGCUUGUUCCAGAAGUCUUUUUGCGUAAGGUACGACAACCCGUUUCAGUUGGUUAUAACCCUCGUUUGCCUGUUUAUUUUGAGGGUUAUGACAUGAAAAAGGGUGUAUAUGUUCCCCGAAAAUCCAUUAAUGGAAUGGAAAAGAUUUCAACAAGAAUUUGCAUCUAA